AUGGCGGCCUCGCUGGGGGAAAUGUGGCUAGUUUCGGUGCCCGGAGAGAGCAAAUCGGGCGACGCCUGGGAGAAGCUGAACCGCGGAACCGGCACCCUGUCCCAGAACUCGCGCUUCACCAUCCCGGAUUUGAAGGUCGGCACGCUCGACCAGCUCGUCGGCCUGUCCGAUGAUCUCGGAAAAUUGGACACGACCGCUGAGGCAAUCACGCGCAAGCUCGUCCAAUACUUUGGCGAGGUGCUGGAGGAUGAUCGCGACAAGCUGCCGGAGCACUUGGUCAUCGGAAACAAGGACAUCCGCUCGUACGUGACUAAGUUCCAAUGGGAGAGCGCCAAGUACCCGCUGAAGCAGUCGCUGAAGGUGCUCUCCGAGAUUAUUGGAAAGCAAGUAACGCAAAUUGACAACGACCUCAAGACCAAAUCGAUCGGCUACAACAACCUGAAGAACACGCUGAACGCCAUCGACCGCAAGGCCCAGGGAUCUUUGAUCACGAAAGAUCUGGCCGACAUCGUCAAGGCGGAGGACUUUGUGCUGAACAGCGAGUACCUCCAAACGCUGCUCGUCGUCGUCCCAAAGGUCAACGCCAAGGAGUGGGAGCAAAAGUACUCGGCGAUGCACCAGAUGGUCGUCCCCGGCUCGUCGAAGUUGAUCACGGAAGAAGGUGAACACGCGCUCUACUCGGUGACCCUCUUCAAGAAGAUCAUCGACGAGUUCAAGAAUUCGGCCCGUGAAAACCGCUUCAUUGUGCGCGACUUUGUAUACGACGAGGAGUCGCUGAAGGCCGGCAAGAACGAGCGGGACAAGCUCGUCGCCGAGAAGCAGCGCCAAUACGCCCCCCUCAUCCGUUGGUUGAAGAUCAACUUUGGGGAGAUUUUCGCCGCCUACAUCCACAUCAAAGCCCUCCGCAUCUUUGUCGAAUCCGUCCUUAGGUAUGGGUUACCUGUGAAUUUCCAAGCCGCCAUCCUCGAGCCGACCAAGGGCAGCCAGUUGUACGUUCACCUGGACGGCUCGGCAGCAGGGCCGGUUGAUAACUUCGAGGACAGCCCGGCGUUGAUGUCGUUGGGUAUGGGCGAGUACUACCCGUACGUCUUCUUCAAGCUCAACGUCGACCUGAUCGACCACAAGCGU